AGGGCCGGCUGUAGAGUGUGCUGUAUAUUUCAUUGACGUAGGAAUACACAGGACAAACAACAACCAUGGCUUCAUACCAACAGAUCACCACCACAACUACAACCAGGAACAUAACUGGCGGCAGCAGUGGAAAUUACAUGGACGUCAGUGAUAUGCCAAUGGAAAGCGGCCAAGCAAAGACAAUGAUGUGGCAACAGAACCAAUACAUGACAGACUCUGGAAUACAAUCAGGGGCCACCACUCAGGCUCCCUCUAUUAGCAGCAAGGGAGGUCACCAUGAUGAGAUUGAAGACUCCUCCAACAUGGAUACCAACAUGUUUGACUUUGAUCAAAACUUCGGACAGGGAUUCACACAGGAACAAGUUGAUGACAUGAACACACAGCUGAACCAGACCAGGUCACAGCGUGUCAGAGCAGCUAUGUUCCCAGAAACCCUUGAAGAUGGUAUUCAGAUCCCAUCAACCCAGAUUCACCCUGACCAACCCACAGCUGUCCAGCGCUUGGCCGAGCCAUCGCAGAUGUUAAAACAUGCAGUUGUUAAUCUGAUUAACUACCAAGAUGAUGCAGAUCUCGCGACAAGGGCAAUCCCUGAGCUUACAAAGCUCUUGAAUGACGAAGACCAGGUGGUGGUCAGUCAAGCAUGUAUGAUGGUGCAUCAAUUGUCUAAGAAAGAGGCAAGCCGUCACGCCAUCAUGAACUCGCCUCAAAUGGUGGCAGCGCUAGUACGCGCCAUGGGGAACAGUAAUGAUGUAGAGACCAUACGCUGUGCAGCAGGUACUCUACACAACUUGUCCCACCACAGACAAGGUCUUCUGGCGAUAUUCAAAUCAGGGGGUAUCCCAGCCCUUGUUAAGCUCCUAAGCUCGCCAGUAGAAUCAGUCCUGUUUUACGCGAUCACCACUUUGCACAAUCUCUUGUUGCAUCAAGAGGGCUCCAAGAUGGCCGUCCGCCUAGCAGGAGGACUGCAGAAGAUGGUGAUUCUUCUACAGCGCAAUAAUGUCAAGUUUCUCGCAAUCACAACAGACUGUUUACAGAUUCUAGCCUAUGGCAACCAAGAAAGCAAGUUGAUAAUCUUGGCCAGUGGGGGACCAGGGGAGCUUGUUAGGAUCAUGAGGUCCUACACAUACGAGAAACUUCUUUGGACCACAUCCCGUGUCCUUAAAGUUCUCUCGGUCUGCUCCAGUAACAAACCAGCCAUUGUUGAAGCAGGUGGCAUGCAGGCCCUAGCAAUGCAUCUGGGACAUCAGAGUCAGAGGCUUGUCCAGAACUGUCUUUGGACAUUGCGAAACCUGUCAGAUGCUGCUACAAGGUGCGAGAACCUUGAGGGUCUCCUACAGAUGCUCACCCAAUUGUUGGCCUCAAAUGACAUCAACAUUGUCACAUGCGCAGCUGGAAUCCUCUCCAACUUGACAUGCAACAACCAGCGUAAUAAGGUCACUGUUUGCCAACUUGGCGGCAUUGAGGCCCUUGUUAGAACCAUUCUACAGGCUGGAGACCGUGAGGAGAUUACUGAGCCAGCCGUGUGUGCUCUCAGACAUCUCACCAGUCGCCACCCUGAAGCUGAAAUGGCACAGAAUGCUGUGAGGCUCCAUUAUGGACUCCCAGUCCUUGUAAAAUUGUUGCAUCCUCCAAGCAGAUGGCCUUUGAUCAAGGCAGUCGUUGGACUGAUCCGUAACUUGGCUUUGUGCCCUGCUAACCAUGCCCCAUUGAGGGAACACGGUGCUCUCCCCCGUAUUGUACAACUCCUCAUUCGUGCACAUGAAGACACACAGAGAACUAGUGAGCGUACCUCCAUGGGAUCCAAUGGUAGCCAACAAAAUGGCUAUGUAGAUGGUGUCCGCAUGGAAGAAAUUGUAGAGGGCACUGUUGGAGCCCUUCAUAUCCUUGCCCGCGAGGCCCAUAACAGAACAGUCAUCCGAGGACACAAGUGUAUCCCACUGUUUGUACAGCUUUUGUACUCCCCAAUUGAGAACAUUCAAAGAGUUGCCGCUGGCGUUCUCUGCGAGCUGGCUGCUGAUAAAGAGGGUGCUGAGAUCAUCGAACAAGAAGGUGCCACUGCACCCCUCACUGAACUUCUCCAUUCUCGCAAUGAGGGAGUUGCCACAUAUGCCGCAGCUGUGCUGUUCCGCAUGUCUGAGGACAAACCACAGGACUACAAGAAACGUCUCAGUGUUGAAUUAACCAGCUCUCUGUUCCGUGGAGACAAUGUGCCAUGGAAUGAGCCUCCAGAUUUCGGUGAUUUGUCAAUGCCCACAGAGGAGGCUUACAGAGACCAGAUGUACCAGCCCCAGCAGACAUCACACCACCAGCAACAAAACUAUCCCAACAGUGUGCCUGUAGACUCCAUGCAGGGUCUGGAUAUCAGCAGUCAACAAGGAAGUGGCUACGGCAUGGACGCAACAGUUGGAAUGAACUUUGAGAACAUGGACACUGGAAUGCAGCAGCAACAAGACAACAACCAGAUGGCUGCCUGGUUCGACACAGAUCUAUAGAUGAUUGGUCGCUAUAGUGACCAUAUCAAAGACAUGUCAGUGCUCUCCCUAGUAAGAUCGUGGCUGGACUCAUCAAGGAGACAUUAAUAUGAAACUAAAAUACAUUUUGUGAAAUUGAGUUUUAAGUUGAAAAUCAUUACUAGAGAUAUCACUGCAUGUUGUUUGAUAUGGCCUCUUUAGAGGAAUGCAGCCCGUUAGGUGCACAGCUCACAGGGGCCAAACACCCAAACAUUGGAGUAUAAAUAGAUAUAGUGUUGCUGUGUGCUCUGACGGGAGAUUUUAUACUGAGGCAAUGCAACAGAUGGCUAGAUAAAAGUCCUGCAUUAUAAAAUGUUUGUAACAUAACACUGUACAGAGACUAUUUCUAACCCUGCGUGGUUGGUGGUGGUUGCUUUACCCCUCGCUAGGAUUGUACCCAUCUGGGUGCCCAAGACAACCCUCCCUGGGGGUAGGGCAUCCACCCACUAAUGUUAUAACCGUUAGAAAAAUGGUCGUAAAAACAUACAUACAAGUUUUGUACAUAAUUAAUGCAUGCUUUUGCACAUUUGGAUUGUAGAAUUUGAACUGUUAAAUUAAAAACUUGCAAUAUCGUGACUUUUGAUUGGAGUUUUGAACAAUGAAUAUAAAAAGCUGGGAGCACUGAACCACAAACAUUGUGUAAUGCAAGAUAUAUGAUUUGAUUAAUAGCUGGGCUAAAUUGGACAGUGUUUCGAAAAUCUCGGGGUUGGAAUCUAAUGUGUACUUAAUUUAUGCCCCUCACUACAUUAUAGCCCAGAGAUGGGAGUAACACUUCAAAGGAGAAUUCCAUAUUAUCAGAGCUAUGUAUUUUAGACAUGUAUUUUAUACUUUAACUGUAUGAGCAUUGAGCACUCUCGACUUCGUACUGAGACUUUCAGUGAUUCCUUUGGACACAUUGUACAGGAUAUGAUAUAACCAAAAAUGUAUUCAUGUUUGUGUUCAUAAUGGUGUUACUUAUAUACCCUUCCAACUCAUGAUGGGCAGACAUUCUUUUUUUUAAAAAUACUAGGGUUUUGUAUAUUAAAAGGUGCAGUCCUGUUCUUAAAAAUUAACAAUGAGUUCAGAAAUAAAGUACAUGAAUGGGACUGUAUCUUUGAUCACAAAAUCCUAAUUAAUUAAGUAGGUUGAAUAUCAUUAUUAAUUUCUAAUUAUUAAUUUAUCUAUUAAACUUAUCUUGAAUGUAUGCCCAUCAUGAUACACAGUUAUAUAUAUAUAGGGUAUCAGAAAUUUCUCUAACUUAGAAAUCAAGGUGUAGAUGGUUGGUCAUUUAAGUAUGGUAACACAUUUUGUAGCUUUUAUAGACCUAUGCAUUAUAUUUUAGCUGUAGUGUAUAUUAGAAUCGUAUUACCUAACCGUCAUUGUGACAUCAUAAUAUUACCAUUUUUAUAUGGAACGCUUUUAUUUCAUUAUGUGUGCGCAUUGUCUUCAUGUAUGUUAAGAUGAAUCUCUCUUGCCUUAAAUCAUGGCCUAUUUCCAGAUUCCCCAAUAAAUGACCUUCAAGUCCUGUUCACAUAAGAUACAAAUAUAUUAUACAGACACAUACAGGCUUGCGCACAAUUCAAGAAAAUGCUAUAAACAAACAGAAUUGGAUCAUUCUAAGCCAUUUUCCUGAGCUAUGUAAUGGACUGUCUAUUAUGUGGUUCUUGGCAUUUGAAAACCAAUCAGCUUAUCCAGCUUUUUAGAUUAUUUUAGUCAUUAUAAACCAUUUUACUGUCAGACCCUAAUAUGUGUAUUUGUAUGUGAUUACUAUAUCUAAAUUAUGUGUAUUUUAUUUACAAUACUAGGUGAGAACACAAUGUAAUUAAUUGGUCAACAUAAUGAAAUAAAGUCAAUUUCUAUAAAAUAAAAUGUUGUUUUUGUCAAG